UCUGCUCUGCCAUAGACACUCAUACUGGCGAAAAAGUGGCCAUCAAGAAAAUACAUGAUAUUUUUGAGCACAUAGCUGAUGCUGCUCGAAUUCUUCGCGAGAUAAAGCUUCUCAGGCUUCUUAGACAUCCUGAUAUUGUAGAGAUAAAGCACAUCAUGCUACCGCCAUCAAGAAAGGAUUUUAAGGAUAUUUAUGUUGUUUUUGAACUUAUGGAAUCUGAUCUUCAUCAAGUUAUUAAGGCUAAUGAUGAUUUAACAAAAGAGCAUUGCAAAUUCUUUCUUUAUCAACUUCUGCGUGCUUUGAAAUAUAUCCAUGCAGCAAAUGUUUAUCAUCGAGAUUUGAAGCCAAAGAAUAUAUUAGCAAAUGCAAAUUGCAAGCUCAAAAUUUGUGAUUUUGGAUUAGCAAGAGUUGCAUUCAAUGAUGCCCCCACAACGAUAUUUUGGACGGAUUAUGUUGCUACAAGGUGGUAUCGAGCACCCGAGCUAUGUGGCUCUUUCUUCUCUAAGUACACACCAGGCAUUGAUAUAUGGAGCAUAGGUUGCAUUUUUGCUGAGGUUUUAACUGGGAAGCCCUUGUUUCCUGGGAAAAAUGUGGUUCACCAGCUAGAUUUGAUGACGGAUCUUCUCGGAACUCCUUCUAUGGAUGUCAUUUCUCAAGUGCGAAAUGACAAGGCGAGGCGGUAUCUUAGUAACAUGAAGAAAAAGCAACCCAUGCCAUUUUCACAAAAGUUUCCAAACGCAGAUCCUUUAGCUCUCAAACUUUUGGAAAGGCUUCUUGCAUUUGAUCCCAAGGACCGCCCGACCGCUGAAGGGGCAUUGGCUGAUCAGUAUUUUAAGGGGUUAGCUAAAGUGGAAAGAGAGCCUUCGUGCCAACCAAUCACAAAAAUGGAGUUUGAAUUUGAGAGACGGAGAGCAACAAAAGAGGACAUCAAGGAGCUCAUCUUUCGGGAAAUAUUGGAAUAUCACCCUCAACUUCUCAAAGAUUACGUGAAUGGAACCGAGAGAACAAAUUUUCUUUAUCCAAGCGCUGUUGAUAAAUUUAGAAAGCAGUUUGUUCAGCUAGAAGAAAAUGGUGGUAAAAGUGCCCCUGUUCUUCCACUUGAGAGGAAGCAUGUUUCUCUUCCCAGAUCAACAAUGGUCCACUCAAUGACAAUACCUCCGAAAGAGCAAACUAAUGCUAGAGAUACUGAGCGUUUUCCGGGACAUAUGCCAAGGUUUUCGCAGCCGUCUCAGAAGAUCCCGCUUGCAAGACCCGGAAAAGUUAUAGGACCAGUAAUGCCAUUAGAGAAUGGAGUCAUAAGAGACCCCUACGACCCCCGCCGUCUCAUCCGCAACUCCCCGCCAUCAUCGCAGCAACAACCCAACCUUCCUCUACCUCCUUCCUCCUGCAGCUUUCACAGAUGUUCCAUUCUGUCCGAAACCCGAAGAGACGUGGAAGCCAAGGAAGAUCAUCCCUCCCAUCACAAUAAAGAACUGAAGCCUUCUUCCAUUCCUUCACACUUACCUCAAGACAAUGCAGCUUCUUCCCCGGACUUAAUGCAUAGAAUCUUCUCCGCCGGCUCCGGUGAUCACCGGAAGGUUUCCGCCGUGGAGGACUUUUUAGUCCAUUACUAGCCUUCAGGUUUCUCUACUUCUCCCUUUGCUCGUACUGACUGGUUGGUGGGCUGGUGUAAAAAUUAAGGGGAUGUGUUUGUUUACUACUAGUAUUAGAGGAUAUUAAAUAAGAAGUAUGCGGCAAAUUAAUUUA